AUGUCUGACCUCACCGAGACUAAGCCCGACCCCGCCAUCUCUGCCUCCGAGACCAAGCCUGAGGAGACCACCACCGCCACCGGCGAGGGUGAGAAGUCUACCACUGAGGCUGUUGCUGAGACCGCGGAGAAGGCUGCCGACACUGCCAAGGAUGCCGCCGUGAAGACCUCUGACAGCAUGUUCUCCAUGUUCGGUGGCGGCCCCAAGAAGGAGAAGAAGGAGGAGGCCGAGGAGCCUACUGAUGAGCCCUCUGGUUCUUCCAAGGCCCAGAAGGCCAAUGAUGAAGAUGAAGUCGAGGAGUCCGCCGACGUCCACUUCGAGCCCGUGAUUCACCUGACCGAGAAGGUUGAGACCAAGACCAACGAGGAGCUUGAGGAGCAGACCUUCAAGAUGCGCGCCAAGCUCUUCAAGUUCGACCGCGAGUCUAAGGAGUGGAAGGAGCGUGGUACUGGUGACGUCCGCCUGUUGAAGCACAAGGAGAACCAGAAGACUCGCCUCGUCAUGCGCCGCGAUAAGACCCUCAAGGUCUGCGCCAACCACUACAUCGUCCCCGACAUGAAGCUCAGCGCCAACGUUGGCAGUGACCGCAGCUGGGUCUGGAAUGCCGCCGCCGAUGUCUCCGAGGGUGAGCCCGAGGCUCAGACCCUGGCCAUCCGUUUCGCCAACAGCGAAAACGCCAACGCCUUCAAGGAUGCUUUCGAGACCGCCCAGGUGGAGAACGAGAAGCUCUUCAACGCUGAGGAGUAA